GGGGCAUGGAGGGGAAGGAGAGGUGAGCAGAGCCGGCCCCCGCGCCCUGCCCCGCGCCGCACCUUGGAGCGUCCAGCCUGAGGGGGACCAGCGAUGCCUCUGGGGAUGAACAAGCAUGGAUCUCGCUCUACUACCUCUUUGCCUCCGGACCCCACCGAGAUCGUCAGGAGCAAGGCCUGCUCCCGAAGGGUCAAGCUCAACGUGGGGGGGCUGGCCCACGAGGUUCUCUGGCGGACCUUGGACAGGUUGCCGCGGACCAGGCUGGGCAAACUCAGAGACUGCAACACGCACGACUCCCUCAUGGAGAUCUGCGAUGACUACAACCUGGAGGAGAACGAGUACUUCUUUGACAGGCAUCCGGGGGCAUUCACCUCGAUCUUGAACUUCUAUCGCACGGGCAAGCUGCACAUGAUGGAGGAGAUGUGCGCCUUGUCCUUCAGCCAGGAGCUGGACUACUGGGGGGUGGACGAGAUCUACCUGGAGUCCUGCUGCCAGGCCCGCUACCACCAGAAGAAAGAGCAGAUGAAUGAGGAGCUGAAGAGAGAAGCAGAGACCCUGAGGGAAAGGGAAGGGGAGGAAUUCGAUAACACUUGCUGUGCUGAGAAAAGGAAAAAGCUCUGGGACCUCCUGGAGAAGCCCAACUCCUCCGUAGCGGCCAAGAUUUUGGCAAUCAUUUCCAUCAUGUUUAUUGUACUAUCUACAAUUGCCUUGUCCCUUAAUACACUUCCUGAACUCCAAGGCGUGGAUGAAUUUGGGCAGACCACAGAUAACCCCCAGCUUGCCCACGUGGAAGCGGUGUGCAUUGCGUGGUUCACAAUGGAAUACCUCCUGCGCUUCCUCUCCUCCCCUAAGAAAUGGAAGUUUUUCAAAGGCCCGCUCAAUGCUAUAGAUUUGCUGGCUAUCUUACCCUACUAUGUUACUAUCUUCCUCACAGAAUCCAAUAAAAGUGUACUUCAGUUCCAAAAUGUACGAAGAGUGGUCCAAAUAUUUCGGAUUAUGAGGAUACUCCGGAUUCUAAAACUCGCCCGGCACUCAACUGGUUUACAGUCCUUGGGGUUUACACUGAGGAGGAGUUACAAUGAACUUGGAUUACUCAUCUUGUUUCUGGCUAUGGGCAUUAUGAUCUUCUCCAGUUUAGUGUUUUUUGCAGAAAAGGAUGAGGAUGAUACAAAAUUCAAGAGCAUCCCUGCUUCUUUCUGGUGGGCAACAAUCACCAUGACAACAGUAGGCUAUGGAGACAUUUACCCUAAAACUCUUUUGGGCAAAAUAGUAGGAGGACUGUGCUGCAUUGCCGGUGUGCUGGUGAUAGCUCUUCCCAUCCCAAUUAUUGUCAAUAAUUUUUCAGAGUUUUACAAAGAGCAGAAGAGGCAGGAGAAAGCCAUCAAGCGCAGGGAAGCUCUUGAAAGAGCAAAAAGAAAUGGCAGUAUUGUUUCCAUGAACAUGAAGGAUGCCUUUGCCCGUAGCAUAGAGCUCAUGGACAUUGUGGUUGAAAAGAAUGGAGAAAGCAUAGCCAAAAAGGAUAAAGUUCAGGACAAUCAUUUAUCUCCAAGCAAAUGGAAAUGGACCAAGAGAACACUCUCUGAAACUAGUUCUAGUAAAUCUUUUGAAACUAAGGAACAAGGAUCCCCAGAAAAAGCCAGGUCAUCUUCAAGUCCCCAACACCUGAAUGUGCAGCAGCUUGAGGACAUGUACAACAAAAUGGCAAAGACUCAGUCCCAGCCAAACCUUAACACUAAAGAGUCGAGUCAAGCUGGAAAGCAGAAGGAAGAGCUAGAAAUGGAAACCCUUCCUGGCCCCAUGGUGCCGCUGCUGGCGACUCGCACUGACGGGAUCAUUGACAUGAGGAGCAUGUCCAGCAUCGACAGCUUCAUCAGCUGUGCGGCCGAGUUCCCCGACACCGGGCGCUUCUCACACAGCCCGCUCACCGCCCUGCCCUGCAAGGGGGGCAUCAACAUCAUCCAGGAGCAGGGCAGGCCGGAGGGGAGCAGUGCCAGGUAUGUGGAAAUGAACCCUAGCUCUGAAAGCAGCCACCGUUCUGCUUUUUUCAUUGACAGUCCCAAAAGCUCCAUAAAGGCCAGUAACCCUUUAAAGCUAAGAUCUCUGAAAGUUAACUUCAUGGAAGAGGACACUAGCACAUUAGUGCCAUCAUCAAAUGUACUGAGAACAUACCCAGACCCUCUCAAGAGCCGGGGAGCGACUGCUGCUGCCACAGAUACUUCCUUACUCUCUGACAGGUCUCUCAUGAGCCCAGAAACCUCGAUCUACACAACUGCGAGUGCAAGAACGCCCCCAAAGUCACCGGAGUCCCAGGCAGCCCUAGCUUUCAACUUCCAUGAUGCUGGUAUACACAAAUACAUAGAUGCUGACACUGAUGAUGAAGGUCAGCUGAUGUAUGAUUCAAGUCCGCCUGGAAAUGGGAGUCCCAAGUACAGUGUUGCAAACAGUGGCUAUCUAAAGCAAAAGGACCAUGUUUAUAGAACAGAGAAGAACCAUCUGGAAGCUGCUGCUUUACCCACCUCCCCUAAGCUGUUAGGGCAGAACUGCAUUUACUCUAUGGAAGGUAUCACUGGAAGAACCCACGGCAAUCAGGAGACUGUCAGACUAGAAAAUCACAUUUCUCCAGAAGUCCAUGUGUUACCAGGCAGCGGAGGACAUGCUAACACACAUGAUCAAAGCAUCUGAGGUGGGGUCUGAAAGAACUUGCUGAGAGUUUAAAGGAAUAUCUUCACAGUCAACACAAACAAAAGAGCUUCUGCAUGGCAUGAACUUGGCUGAAACAAGCCACCUGUUUCUAAAAGUCUGGGGGAGGUCCAGUGUGGGUUUGUGAAAAUGUCCUUCUCUGAAACAACUCUAAAGACAUUGCCCACAUCAGUCAAAAAAAUGAUUGCAAAUCAUGAUCACACAUUGAUCUCCUUUCAUGUUGUCCAGUGAAGCCAAUGUGACCAAAUAUCCAUCCAUUCCCCUUGAACGCUAGAGCUCCUUUUGGAAAUAUUAACAUCUGAUUUGCAUUAGUUCCAUAAAGGAUGCCAAGGCAGCCAGAUUUGAACUCUGGAAUAAAUUGCUGGGGUUGGUAUAAAGCUUUCAAAAACACAAUGCUCACUGCUUCAGGGCAGCUGUUCCCCAUCUACAGCUUUUUCUGAUGGAUAUAAUGUUUAAAGGUAACAGGGAACACUUGCAUUAUUGGAAAAUCCAAGUGAAAAACAUUUGAAACAAAUAAUGGUCUAGAGAAACCAAUUAUUAAAAUGCUCUUUGUGUGUUUAACAGUCCGAUAUCCUGUAGGACCUGAUGUUUUCAUUUGAAAUAUCAGCAGGGUGAGUUGCACCAUUUGUACCUAAUUCCAAAUAUGCCCCAAGACAUAGUGAGACUUGCGCUUACCCUCUGCUAAGAGGCGGUAGGCGCCCAGGGCCAGGGGAAGGUCGGAGGAGCCAUGCAGGAGCAGGACGCUCCGAGGCACCGCGGCAGAGCCCAGCCCGGGGCCGGAGGGGAGCGCGGCUCUCGCCCUGCCCGUGCGGCCCCGGCUCCGCUCCCGCCGGGGCCGCAGCACAGGAGCAGGUUGCUGCGAGGCUUUUUGCGCCCAAGCAGCGCAGUGGAAGAUAUGCAAGUGUUACAUAAAUAUGCAAAAAGAGGGAUUCGUUAGUGACCCGCCGCAGGCCUGGCUGUGCUCCCUCUCGCCAGGAGCUCGGGCAGGAGAAGCUCCUGCACGGCCGUGGCACGAAGCAGCUGCGAGAGGCAGGAGAAUCAGGCCUGACGUUUUAAUAACAUCCAGUCAUUUUUAAAUGAAAGAAAAUAAAGAGGAAAGAAAAAAAAAAACACAACUAUCUGACCAUUUUAAGUGAACAGAACUAGCAGCCACCAGCCUAGGUUUUUAAAAUACUAUUGUUUCAAUAAAGUUAUGUCAAAUUGUGUAGGAAAUAAUUUGUCUUUGGUUUUUAAUCUGGGCGGGGGGGAAAGCACUUUACGUUGACUUUUUGUUGUCGUUGUUGCAAUGCUGGAGUAGGAUAGCGGAGUGUAACAAUCAAGCACUUUAACCAAGCACUACUUUAAUUUGUGCCUCUUGUUGUGACUGUGAUUUGUUACACGCCUGUAGCAAGUCACACCUUGUCCUGUGAUAUCUGUGAUGGUAACCUUUUAUGUUGUUCUCUGUUUCUACUGUAAAACUGAGCUGUAAAUAACUCUGUCACUGAGCGUUUCCUGAGCUGUCCCUGAGGUCCUGCCGGGGUGUGUAGCAAUCUGCAGGCAGCGGCUCCGGGACGAGCUGACACACGGGACGUGGGAGCGGGGGGCACACGUGGGAGGAAGAGCCCCUGCAAGCCGCUCGAGUCCACUGCAUUUUGUUCCUUCCUACUGUAAAAAGCCAGUGUUGGUUAGUCCUGAAUGUAGCCGUGUGUCCGUCCCGGCCGUGCAGCACUGUCUGUAACCCGUAAUAGUGAAUGCAGCAUGUACGGACAAAAGCAAUAAGCACAUUUCUGUUUUAGGAGCUAGUGUAGGUUGUGAGGAUGGCUUUGCCAGGUGUCUCCUCGGCACGGAGCUGUGCCCACGCUGCAGUGACCCUGCUCUGCUCUGCUGGCCCGUCCCGGGCUGGACACGGCCCAGGGGCCCGCUCGGAGCCGCCCUGGUGGCCCAGCAGGGAGAGGCCGGGGAGGAGCUGAGCCACUGCUGGGGCUGGGCCGAGGGCAGGGAGAGCCCCGGGCAGGGCAGGGAGAGCCCCGGGCAGGGCAGGGAGAGCCCCGGGCAGGGCAGGGAGAGCCCCGGUCGUUGCCGGCCCCGCGGCUGCGGGAGCUCCCCGGGUGCUCAGGCAGGGCCGGCCCCGAGGGUCGCUCGCUCCUUCUCCCGCAGCCGGGAGCGCCGUUCCUCGGGCGGGCUUUGCCUGGGGAAGGACUGUAGGAUUCGGCCAUAGCAAAUACAAGUGUACUUAGAGGAACCGACGUAUUGCUGAGAUACUGGUUAAGAUUGAGUCGUCACGAAAAGUAAAAAGUAACUUUCCAGUAGAUAAGCUUUAAAUACUGAUUUAUGCUGUGGCUUUCUGAGGCCACAGAGCAGCAACAAGAAAUCUUAAAGAGAACAGUUCUAAUAUAAUCUCUGUGUUUCAGUGAUCAGUCAUGUCUGCCAUCAGCACAAAUGUAAAACGAAGAAAAAUCAGGGAAUUUUUUUUUUUAUGAAGUAAUAGUGAUUUCCAAGUUAAAUAUUUUUAGAGCUGAUGCUUUCAUGUGGAAAAAAAAGUCAUAUUUUACAUAUCGCGAAAGUGAACAUAUUUAAAUAUAGCCAUAUAAUGUAGUAUUUACCGCACUCUCAUCCAAAUUGAUGUAUUUGGUUUAUAGAUGGCACUGACAAAAAUGUAUAAAUCAACGAUCCUAUCAUUUUUUAUCUGACAGUCAACUGGUGCAACUCUCCUUGUAACCAAAGGCCCUCUGUCUGCCUUGCGUGAUCACUCAUGACACACACCUUAUGUCAUCUAUUUAGUCCUACCUUUAAAGUAGCAUUUUACUGAGUCACUUUUGAAAGCCAAAUUCAAAAGUAUCAUUAAAAAAUCUUCCUUUUAAGUCUGAAUAGCCAAAGUCCUAUAGAUUUCUUAUAGAAAGCAAAUAAUUUAAAAUUAAGCAUAUAAUAUGCUUAAAGAGCAUUUCUUUCAUAUUUGUGUACAAAGAUGUAACUCUCAUUCUAUGCCCAGUUAAAAAGGAAGUAUGUUUAAUUUGUUUUAAUGAAAUAAAGUCUGACUACAAUGUAUCUAUAUAUGUGUUUGGGUGCAUAAUACACAUAUAUAUAAUGUAAGCACUGGGAAAUCUACUCUAACCUAAAGCUAUGGUAAAAUAUUUAUGGCUAAAUCUGUAGUCAUUGCAAAGGGAAGGCAGUGCUUCGAAAACAUAAUGCUCACCAAAUCCUAUAGAUCCUAGAAAGACAAUUUAAUUUUUGUUUAUUUGAUACAUGUUUCCCAAAGUUCAUAGCGGUUGGGGAAAAUAGGCAACAUCUCUUGCAUCAAGCUAAAGCGUAUGGUUUAAUCACUGAUAUUUGGCAUUCAGGUCUGCAAAUUUACUGUGCACCAAGUAGCAAGCAAGCUGACAGAGCCUCACCUGCUGCUGCAGAAGACAUCAUACCUGAAAGGACUCUCUCUGGAUGUGUGAUGUCUGCACUUGCUUGUAUCUUAUGCCAUCAACAUCACUUUUAACACAUACCUAUAAAUAUAUAUAUAGAACAUACA